AUGCCUUUUGGACUUUGCAAUGCUCCUGCCACUUUUCAAAGGUGCAUGAUAAGUAUUUUUUCGGAGUAUGUUGAGGAGCUCAUUAAAGUUUUUAUGGGUGAUUUCACAGUUUAUGGUAAUUCUUUUCAUGAAUGUUUGGCCAAUUUGAAAAAGAUUUUGCAAAGAUGUAUUGAGACCAACCUUGUUUUGAAUUAUGAAAAAUGUCAUUUUAUGGUUGAUAAAGGUCUCAUACUUGGUCAUGUUGUGUCUUCUAAGGGGUUAGAGGUAGACAAAGCAAAAAUUGAUGUCAUCAAGUCUUUACGUUAUCCCACUUGUGUUCGUGAGAUAUCUACUUGCAAAGAGGAUUCAAAGCAUAGACUCAUUCGAUGGGUAUUACUCUUACAAGAGUUUGAUAUUGAAAUCAAGGACAAGAGCGGAAAGUCAAACCUUGUAGUUGAUCAUCUUAGCUGGAUUGUUUCUACCGAUGAAUCGACUCCCAUUCAUGAUGCAUUUCCCGAUGAGAAAUUAUUUUCAGCAAAAGUUGCCCCAUGCUGUGAUGAAUGUCAAAAGAUGGGCUCUUUAAGAUCAAAGAAUCAGAUGCCUCUUAAUCCCAUUUUAGUUUGUGAAAUUUUCGAUGUUUGGGGCAAUGAUUUCGUGGGACAUUUUCCAUCAUUUUCGGGUUUUAUUUAUAUUCUUUUAGCUGUGGAUUAUGUUUCCAAGUGGGUGGAAGAAAAGGAUACCCGUACUAACGAUUCAAAAGUUGUGAUAUAUUUCUUGAAGGCUAACAUGUUUUCCAGAUUUGGUGCUCCAAAGGCCUUGAUCAGUGAUCGUGGUACAUAUUUUUUCAAUCAUAUGCUCGGGAUUGUUUUGAAGAAAUAUGGUGUUUCUCGUAAAGUCUCCACAGCAUACCACCCACAAACAAAUGGACAAGCCGAAGUGAGCAAUGGACAAAUCAAGGGUAUUUUGGAGAAAACCGUGAAUACAACAAGGAAAAAUUGGACUACACGACUUGAUGAUGCUUUGUGGGCGUACCGCACUACAUACAAAACUCCAAUUGGAGUGUCUCCAUACCGCAUUGUUUUUGGAAAACCAUGUCGAUUACCCAUUGAGUUGGAUCAUAGAGCCUAUUGGGCGAUCAAGCAGUUCAACAUGGAUUUAAGUGAAUCGGGAAAGAAGAGGAAACUGGACAUACAAGAACUUUAG